ACGGAAUGGUUAACAAAUUGAAUCUCUAAUGUCUAUUUUGUAGGCCUUUUAAAAGUAUAUUUGUAGGUACUGUAGUUGAAAUUUUAAAUUGUGUCAGAUUGCCUCAAAAAUUCAGUGACAAAAGCCUUUGAAAAGACGCAUUAUUUUAAAUACUUACUUGGUCUUGUAGCUGUAACUGUGUAGUGUGUAGUUGGAGUAGACGCACAGACUCACAGACUGAAACUUAUCUAUUUAAUAUUGUCUGAAACUACGUUACUAAUCGUUACUGUGCCUCCCCAUAUUCUACAUCCGUUAAAAAAAAUCCUCAAACUUUUUUAAGGUAUAGAUAGCCUAUAUGAAUCUAUGAACGUAAACUCAGAAAUAUAUUGCAUAUCAUUAUUAUUAGUAUUAGGGACCUCGGCAUCGACCGGAAAUACCCGAAAAACGGGUAUCGUAUUUUCGUUGUCAUAAUGGCGACCUCUACUUUUUAAUUUACUGAGGGUAUCGUUGUUUUGCGUUUCACAAUCGAUUUUUAGCAUAAUAAUAUAAUUUUACUUCCGCCAAUUACUUAAAGCCGACAAUUUUCCUGUGAUAUUAAGAGUUCGUUUGAUUUUUUAGGUCAAGAUUAAAGCUUUGAAAAUUGAAGUUAAAAAUCGGUCAACUUCACUCAAGAAUAACAUUUUUUUUAAAAUGCACUCUUAAAUAAAAAUACUCCGCUCUUUUAGUUUAUAAGUUCAUUUAAAACAUAUCCAAAAUUCAUAAGUGUAGACCAUGGGUGGGCUUCAAAAACGAAUUUCCAAGAUGUCAUUUUUUUUAGGCUAUGUAAUUUGUCAUCAUGGCCACCGUGCUUGUCUGCUUAUUUCCAAUUAUCGAUAGCAGCCGUGGGGGUAAUUAAUAAUUCAUUAAGUUGGUUAUCCAGAGUGUAAAUGGGAAAUAUAACUAAUAAUAAAUCAUUUUAUAUAAAUAAAAAAUGUUUUAUAACAUAAAUAAUUAUUAUUGGCUUAUUGAAUAUCAGUGAUUUUAAUUUUUGGGUUGGUUGCCAUGGACCUGGCUGACACUGACAUGGGAAUGAUAAGCUCUUGUCUUUGACUUAGAUAGUGAUAGGCUUAGUUUAAGUAUUAUAAUAGUAUUUAUACUAUUAUAAAUGAUUUAAGGAGUGGGAUAAAUAGCUUUUAUUACAACUAAUAUAUUUAUCAUUUAUAUUAGUUUAUAUAUUUAUAGAUAAAUAUUUAUUUGUAUAUAUAUAAUAUAUAUAAUGACCAUUAGGCAUUAGGCUAGAGGCCUUGUAUACAUAUAAUAUAGUAUAAUACAAAGUAUACUAUAUCAGGGUUAAGGCCUAGACCCAACCCAACUAAUUUGUAGGGCCUAUUAUAAUAAAUUAUAUUUAAUGAUAUUUUAGGAUAUGUAAUAAAAUUUUAAUGAAUAUUGUGAUUCUUACUUAAGGCAUAAACUAAGUAAAACAUUUUGAAAUAUUCACUUACCUUUGGUAUUGAAAUAUCCUAUAUUUAAUCACAUAUCACAAUAUUCCACAAGAGAAUUAUUAUAUAAUCCUCGGUUUCUCAAAGAAAAAACACACUUUCUGGCACUACAAUCCAAGAAUUACUUAAGAUAUAAUAACCUGUACUUACCUCUAGUAAAUGACUAGAACUUAUUUUAUUAACAGCUAAAGUCAAAGUUGAUUCUAAUAAUACAUGUGGAUUUGUAAAACAAGAUUACAAACUUAAAAUAAAUGACAUGCUGAUUGUUUUGUCAUACUCAUAGGAAUAAUAUAAUAUAUAGUAUACAUAUGUAGAAAAUGGUAAAAUAAAAAGUGUAAUUGUCAAUUUUAAAUAAAUAAAACAAAUAAUCCCUUUAUUAUUUGUUUAUGCUUAUAAAUGCUAAACAAUUCCACAGAAAAUCUGCAAUUAAUAUCUAAAGAAUAUUAUUAUUAUUAUGAUUGUUGGGAAAUUAAAAACAAAAUUAAAACAAAAUUUUAAUUAAUUAAUUACAAAUAAGUGAUGAGUCAGCAUUUUUAUACAUUUUUAAUAGGCAAAUAAUAAAGUUGUUUUUUUUAAUAUUUGCGGCACAUUAACAAAAACUAAUGUAUAUUUUGUGGCUUUAUUUAGAAGUACUCUUAUUUAACUAUGUUCCCUGUAAAUAUUAUAUUUUUGUCUCAUUUUAUAAUAAAGUUAUAGGCGUUAAAAAAAAAGCAAAAUGAGGGUCACAAAUGCGGAGGAAAAUCCCAUAGGCCCAUAGUAAAAAAAGUGGUUUUGAGGUCCCUACUAAAAAAUUCAUAACUUUUGAACCACUUGAGCUAGAAAGUUGAUCUUGUAAUCUAUUCUCCAGGCUCUAUACAGCUGUAGUAUUUUUAUAUUUUUAAAAAUGUUUUGAAAUUUUCAUCAAAGUGGCUAUUAUUAUUAUUAAUAUUAUAUUAUGAUAUAUCCAUGCAAAACAUUAUACAUGAUAUAGUGAAUAUAGUGUAGUUGUAGAUACUUUCAAUUUGGUACAAAAUUUUGUAAAAAUAAACCAAUGGCAUAGUUGAAUAGAGCUAAUUCUUUAUAGAAUUAUAACACCAAAAUCAUAUUUCUAGCUAUUGAAGUUUUAAUUUUAAAGUUAAAGUUAUGAAUUUUUAAAGUACGACUUCUUUUGUCCUUGAACAUGGACCGCAUCUCCACAUUCUGUGACCCAAUUCCGUUGUUUGCGUCACAAGCUAUAUAACUCUUGUUUUAAUGAUAAUUUUAUAGACUUUUUAUUUUCUAAUGCAGUAUUAAAAAAUAAUUUUUAAAAUGUCUUAUAAUUAUAGAUAAAUUGUAGCUUAUCUAACUAUGCAAUAUGGAGGCCUAUAUCAGUAAAUUCAAUAUAAUGUAUUAACAUAUGGCUUUUCUGUUUACCAAAUCUACGGCAUCCAUUAUACUGUAUAUGCUCUAUAGUCUAUAUAAGGCAACGCAUACUUAUCCAAAUACUGUUUUAAACUACUUGUUUUGAACUUUCAACUUUGUCACAUGACUAAUCAAUUAAAGCUUUUCCUGACCAAUGGUUUUAUUGUUUUUGCUCACACUCACAGCAAACUUUUAUGAAUGAAACUUUGAGAUAAAACUACGGUAUAGCCAUUAUGUAAGUGACUGUGAAUGGCUGCCCAUGGCGUGAUGUUUUGCACACGUCAAAUUAUGAUCAUGUAUAAUAUGGACUCUACCGGGUAUUUUAACCUCAAAUUAAAAUAUUGUUCUUUCAAUAACAUUUAAGUUCAUUCUAAAAAAUAGUUUAUCAAAUAUUUUGAUGUAAAUAGUAGUUAUAAUUAAAUUUUUCCCUAAGCAUCUGCAUCUUCCUCCUGUUAAAAGGGACCAUUGCCCAUGCCAUGUCGAAAUUAGGCUGAGCGACCUUAUGGUAAUACAGGUUAUUAGGACAAGCGUUGGUAAUGACCUACAUCAAUGAAAAUUGGUACACAUAUACAUAAAUAUACAAUGCAUUACCAGUUUUAAUAUGAAAGACCUUAUCAUUGAAAUUCUAUUAAAAAAAUUGAGGGAAAGAUGCCUUAUAGUGACAUGCAAAUUUCCUCACUUAAAAUUAAUAUAAAAAAACAAAAAAACUCAAUGGGAAUGUAGGUCAACAUUUCUCCUAAUGCCAAUGGGCGGAGUCAGACCUUAAUUAUGGGCCAAAAGGGCUCCUGUAUUAUUAUAAAUACACACACAUAAAAAAAAAUUAAAACUUGGAUUUCAUUGAGCCGACGCCCAUUUCCGAUACAAAUUUUCUAGGAUUGUCCCUUGCUUUGAUGAAGUACCUACCAUACUGUGUAACAAUGUGGUUACUGGUAGUAUCACUCAAACUUAACCACUAUCUUUAAUAAACUUUUAUUUUUAUAAUUAUUAAAAAUUGAUAAUAAUAAAAUAGUAUUUAAUUUAUUAUAUAGCUAUCAAAACUUACCAACAAAUGUAACUUACACAGUUGUGCUCAAUACAAAAAUAAACUCUUUAGGAAAAUUACAAGGGCAUGCUUGGUUAACAAACCUAUCUACUCAUUGAUGAGGAAAUCUAUUUAUUCAAGUAUAGAAGAUUAAGAAUCAUAAUCAUAGACAGUACAACUUACAAGAGUAUCAAACCAAAUCCCAAAAACAUACCCGAAAUGUUGGUCACUAGUCCUUAGUAUCCAUUAAAUUUUUUAAAUACUGGGCCUAUUUUUGCUACUUGAAAUUGUCACAAUAUUGGCAACAAAUUUUUUAAGUAUUGCCUACUUAAAGUAAUAGUUUUAAGUGUUAAGACUGGGCCUACGCCUACACAAACUUAGAUGUUACAAAAAAUAAUUUUUAUUACACUAAUUAUUGAAUUAUAGUGAGCUAGCUUGUUUUGUUUCCCCCUCUUUCAGUUUCCAACUUAAUGAAGUGUUCAAGUUUGCAUUUUCUUUUUUUUCUAAUCCUAAAACUAUCUGUUUAGGCUUAAUACAUUUUUUUAAAAAGAUGCAUAGGACUGCACUUUAUUUUUUCAGCAGUUGAUUAAACAAAUCAUUCAUCCAAAAUGCUUUCUGCAUUAGUUUUGAUAGAAAAUUUGAGAUGGAUGAUUCCAAGUGCCAUUAUGCUUGGAGCUGCUCCUGCAUAUAUCACUGUUUGGGGUGUCUGGAGAGUUGUCUCUGCCGCAUUGCCACGUUGGGUAUAUGUCAAAGGUGAUGAUGUCUUAUUUGCAACAUACCAUCGAAAUCUUCUCUUCUUCUUUGAAGUGGUUACGGGUGUGGAGGUGAGUAACAUUUAAUUGGUUACUGGCUUGGAGUUAAGCAACAUUAGAUAGAUUACUGGUGUAGAGAUGUUGUUAAAUAAGAUACUGGUGCAAAGGUGGGUAACCUUAAAAAGGUUCACUCUGUUGAAAUGUUAAUGGUGUGAAGGUGAGAAAAUUUAAAUAGGUUUAUUCACUCGAAGUUAAGAAUAAAUUGUUAAAUUAUUGAAAACAAGUCUGUUGCUUUUUUAAUCUCAUAUACCGGUACAUUUUUUUUUCCAGCUGAUUUUUUAUGGGGACUUGACAGCUAUUCAAGAGUUAUCCAAAGGAGAAAACUGUAUUUAUAUGUCUAAUCAUCAGAGCACAUGUAAGUUUGGAUAAAUAGAAUUAUCCUUAAUCUCUAGCCCUAAUGUUUCUGUUUUUUUUUCAUCAUAAAGCUAAGUAGUAGACCUAUGCAUAUAGAUAAAUUGUUUAACUGGGGCUAACAAAAGGUUGUAACAGCAAAAUCAAAUUAUUGUGACAUCAUUUGAGAUUGGACCCAAAAAAUUUUAAAACAUUUUUUUUUUAAAAUAAUUUAUUUAGUUGAUAUGACUCAUGAGAAAAAAAGUGAGCGGAUUGUAUAGUAUUUUUUGUGUUGCAUUAAGGGGUGUCUAAAAUAACUCUUAAAAAAAUAAAGAUAAAUAAUAAAAGUCAUUGACGUGUUCACAUAAAAAAUUAUUAUUUUGCUAUGAAGCCGGCAGGCAAUAACUGCCCUAGCUGCCAUUAAUAUUUGAGGGACUGUGCUCAAGCUGUGUGAAGUAAAUAAAUAAUGGAACAAGAUAUAUUUAGGCCUGAAAGAAUACUGAUUAUGAUUUUUAAAGUGAUUUCUUAAUGCAAACACUGUGAUAGAAUUAAUACUCUUUUUAAACUCUCGCAUCAUUAAAUUUUUUGUUUUGAAAGAUACAGCAAUGAAAUUCUUCUGCUUCACAUACAAAACAAUGUGGAAGAAAAUAAAACGCAAGAAAUGAAAAUCAAUUAUUUAUUUGUUACAAAAUAUGAUCAUAUAUGGAUAGGAAAAAAAUUGGCAUAAUACUAUAAAACAAAUAUAGCUAAGUGGCAUACUAUUUACAGAAAAAGUAAGAGAUUUUAUCAAUUAUCUUUCAUUUGAAUCUGUUCUGAUGCUUUAUUAGGAAGAUUAUCUUCACCACUAUCAAUGAAGCUUAUCAUUUUGUCUUUUUAAUGCAUUGUCUGAAAUGAAUCCAAGGAGCAUUUUCUUAAAAGGGUUUAUUUUCAAAAUUGUUAGAAAUUUUCCUUUAACAUAUGGGGAUUUGAAAAGGAAUUAAAGAGAACUUAUCGUUUUCUGCCUCUUUUGACUUAAUGUAUGUAUAUAUACAUAUAUAUAUAUAUAUAUAUGUUUUAAAGCUGAAUUUUUAGAACAUAUAUCAGGAGAAUAAGUGCUGCUCAUAGUAGAUUUUCAUAAUUUUCUCCAGGUUCAUUGAAUAAUGAAAUUAUGAUAGAUUAUCAAGGUUCUAGUUUACUGUAAGGUCAACACAAUUCUAAAAGGUUACCAAAAGCAUAAAAAAAAAAAGAGACUGGAAGUAAAUAGCAUUGCUAUUUAGUUAUUUUUAGUCUUUAUUGUUUAUGUACACGAUAAUAAUAAUAUAUAUUUGGAUGACUUCUUCCUUUCAUCCUACCCCAUAUAUCAGAUGAACAUAUAUAUAUAUAUAUAUAUAUAUAUAUAUAAUAGCAUUAUAACAGCAUUAUCAACAGCAGUGUAUGAAUCAGUUUACUAUAGAACAGUUGAAUGAGAAAAGUGUUACCAAUAUAGAUAUGCACCACAUUGAACAUUUUCAGUGGACUGGGUGCUUGCUAGCUCUGUGUCCAUGCGCCGUGGAUGCCUUGGAAGUACAAGAUAUGUUUUAAAAGAUGGACUGAAAUAUUUUCCCUUCUAUGGAUUUUAUCUGGCAAUGGUAUGUUCAACAUUUUGUAUUGCUUUUUUCCUCAGUCUGUGUUAUAUUCCUAUAUGAAACAUAAGAGGUUAAGAUAGUUCUUGGCAAGAUAGUUCUUUGCUAUCUAUACUCAUCAAGAGAACUAAUCUCCUACUUUAUUUUACAUUGUUUUAUUGGGGCUUCUUUAAUAAUGCAAAGCCUUGUCAAAUAAAUAAGGCCACAUGUAAGAUAAUACAGCAGGGGUCAUUGCAUUUAGAUUAAAGCUGUAUUUAUAUUACAGGAAAAGGUCAUUGUAUUUAUAUUACAAAAUGGGGCCAUUGUCUUUAUAUUACAGCAUAGGGUAAUUGUAUUUAUAUAAAAGCUGUGGUUCACUGUAUUUAUAUUACAGCAUGGUUCAUUGUUUGUUAAAAGAGCUGGGAAGUUCCGCAGAGACAUGGCUGAGAGGCAGCUUGGUAGAGAUGCACAUGAUAAAAAGCCAGUGAGUUCUUAACUUGCUUUUGCUCAAUGUGUUGUUGUAAAACUGAUCAGUGUGUAGAUGAUAGACUGGUAAAUGUGUGGUGUAUAAACUGAUAAACUGGUCAAUUUGUGGUUGAAAUAUUGGUCAAUGUGUGAUAGAAAGACUUUUCUGGUUUUGAUUAUAAAUGUUCUACAAAACUGUAGCUUUUAUUACAGACAAAGUUAGCUUAAACUCAUGUCUCAUUUCAUUAUAGGCAAAGUUAGCUUAAACUCAUGUCUCAUUUCAUAUUUGACAAAGUUAGCUUAAACUCAUGUCUCAUUUCAUAUUUGACAAAGUUAGCUUAAACUCAUGUCUCAUUUCAUUAAAGGCAAAGUUAGCUUAAACUCAUGUCUCAUUUCAUUAUAGGCAAAGUUAGCUUAAACUCAUGUCUCAUUUCAUAUUAGACAAAGUUAGCUUAAACUCAUGUCUUAUUUCAUUAAAGGCAAAGUUAGCUUAAACUCAUGUCUCAUUUCAUAGUAGACAAAGUUAGCUUAAACUCAUGUCUCAUUUCAUUAAAGGCAAAGUUAGUUUAAACUCAUGUCUCAUUUCAUAUUAGACAAAGUUAGCUUAAACUCAUGUCUCAUUUCAUUAAAAGCAAAGUUAGCUUAAACUCAUGUCUCAUUUCAUAGUAGACAAAGUUAGCUUAAACUCAUGUCUCAUUUCAUAGUAGACAAAGUUAGCUUAAACUCAUUUCUCAUUUCAUAGUAGACAAAGUUAGCUUAAACUCAUUUCUCAUUUCAUAGUAGACAAAGUUAGCUUAAACUCAUUUCUCAUUUCAUAGUAGACAAAGUUAGCUUAAACUCAUGUCUCAUUUCAUAGUAGACAAAGUUAGCUUAAACUCAUGUCUCAUUUCAUAGUAGACAAAGUUAGCUUAAACUCAUUUCUCAUUUCUAAUUUAAAAGUAGUCUAAACCCAUGGGCAUUCUGUCAGUGUCAUGAAAAAAACUCAUCCAAACAACCUCAUCCAUGAACAACUCACCCAACCAAGCAACUUAUCCAAUUAACCCCAUCCACAUGUCUGAUUCAGCUACACAAGUUGUAUCAAAGUUUGUGCUGCUGUACAUUUACAAAUUUAAAUCAUACUAUUAUGAUUGUUUUGGCAGUAAUAUAAAAUUACUGUUUGAUUAUUAUAACUCUAAGUGGCUGGUUGUGCAUGGGUCCCAAUGUACCGCUUUGUACAGGAGCCUUUUAGACCACCUUAACAUGUUCUACCUUUUUCAUUCUCAUUAAAAUAGACACUAUGUUCCUUUAUGAUUUACCCAGAUGUGGUUGGUCGUGUUUCCUGAAGGAACCCGCUACAACCCAGAACUUACUAAGCCUAUUCAACAAAGCAAACAGUUUUCUUUAGAGCAAGGUAUUUUUUUGGAGUAGUAUGAAGUUUACAAUAAAAGCCCUUCAGAGGGCACUCUGAAGAAAAAACAGCUGUUCAAAAAUGAAUAGUUUUGCUAACAAUCAUUCAGCUUAGGUAGAUCCGAUCUGACUGCAGCUUUAAAUGUAAUAUUUGAAAAGAACAUUUUCUUGAUAAAUUUUAGAAAACUAUGAUAAAAUGUCUUCAUUUCUUGCCAGGAAAUUAGUUACUUUAAUGAUGCAUUGCUUGUGAUGCCAUCCAUAAGAACUGAAGAUACUGUCACACAUGUUUAUUUGUAGACUUAAACUUUAAACCAAAUAUGUUAAAUUGGAUUAUGUCCCUUUGAUAAAAGUUCCUUAACGUCUCCUACCAGACUUGCAGCCACUUGAGAAUGUGCUCUUCCCAAGAGUGCGGGCAGUGCAGGUUUGUGUCGAGCAACUAAGAGAAUCCUUAGACUCUGUGUAUGAUGUUACAAUAGCCUAUGGAAACAAAUUUGACUUUGCAAAGCAGCACCGCCUUCCAGCACCUCCAAUGCAAGGUCUGUUCAAAUAGCAGAUUUCACCUUUCCCUGCUGAUUUGAGUUUUUUUUUUUAUAUUUGUCUUUCAAUGAAAUAUGUCAGGACUGAUUUGAGUAGUCUAUUUAAGUAGAUUUUUCCAUUUUUUUUAAGUUAAUGACCUGAAUAAGUUUUAUUAUUCAAUGUGUCUCAUGGCUGUAAUUUUGUUUAUAUCAAGUAUUAUAUAUCAUUUUAAAAGUAAUUGGAUGCUCUUUAAUGGAUAUUUGGUGUUUGUUAAAAAUAUCUUUGCUAAAAUUAAUUUAUUAUUAUUUUUAAGCACAAAAAAAUGUUCUUAAGUCAACAAAAACAUGACAUCACAGCUUUACAAAGAAGGAAAAUAAAGUGUUUCCAUUUUAUCGCAAUAAAAUUGAUAUUUUAUUAGAAUGUAUUGAAUACUUAAAUACAUAUUCCAAUUUUAAAAGAAUAGACUCAUAAAUACAAAAGUUAUGACUAUUUGUAUUCAGCAUAUCAUUCAAGGAAAUAUUGCCCCAAAAAGUCAAAAUUAUUAUUAAAAAUAAUCAUUUUUUUUUUCAAAAUACUGCAUCAAAUUAUCACUUAGAAAAAUUAUUAGUAAGUAUUAUUUUAGAAUAAAAGUUAAAAAAAAAAAAAGCACAUUUAAUAAAUAAACAUUCUUUAUACAUCCCAGAGAUACUGAUCAGAUAAUCCUAUCCUUCGCCGAGACGAUUCAUAUAAAUUUCUUGAAAAAAAUUUCUUUAUUUAUUAAAAUAUAAAAAUGUAUCAAAAACAAAUCCUGUGACUUAUGCUCUAACCAUUUUACCCUUGUUUUGGUAACACGCGAUUACAUUUUUUUGUUAUUGUCAGGUUGCAGCGCAUGACAGAAAAAUUUAAGGCUCUACAGUAACUGGUUCAUCCUCAAAGAUGUCCUAUGUUCCCUAAAUUGUUCAUUAAUUGCUACAUUUUCUUGAUGCUGAUAUAGUUCUUUGUAUUUUCCAUUGAAAUACAUAAGAGUCUCCCAAUGUUACACAGCAUGUCUCCUUUAUUAUCUUAUCUUCUUAUUCCAACUAUUUUAUAUUACAUCUCUUUCUUCUAUCUUGGCCAAAAUGGUCUGGGAAAAAAUGCUUUUAUGAGAAGGUUUAUUUGCUUCAUAUUCAUUUUGUUAGAAAAAUGUUGUGUUUAGUGAACUCCACUGCAGUGCUGUCCUUUUUUGCCAUGCUGUACUUUGUAUAAUAUAUGCUGUCCUUUUUUUACAAGGCUGUCCUCUUUCCUUAUGCAAUAAUCUUGAUUGAAUGUAUUCCAGAUUUCCUAAUGGGAGCAAGUAAGAGAGUUCAUAUUCAUAUAAGUAGAAUACCAAUCAGCCAAGUCCCAACGGAAACCGAGGAGCUAAAACAAUGGCUGUAUACAAGAUAUCUUAUCAAAGACAAGUAAAUAUCUUCAGUCAUUCUCAAUUUAAUUAAGGCUUGAAGUUUUCUCACAGAGUAGUCCAGAUCAUUGAGUAAUUUUCUGCUAAUAAGUGUAUCUAUGCAUAUGAAAACUGCAUGGUAACAAACAAGUAAUUCUGUGCAAUGAGAUGUAGAAUAAUAAGUCAGAUUUCCGCCUUCAUAUUAUUUGUUGUUGUCAUGUUGUGGCUGAGUAAACAUGGAUCGGAUGACAUUACAGUGAAUUGAGAGUAAUGAAAUUAUUCAGAGUAAAAGUAUACAUUUUAUUUUAAAAACAGCAUUAUUGGGUCUGUUUUUAAAUAACCCUACUUAACUUACUGGAAUUAAGUUUAGAAACAACAAACAUGAUUUUGGAACAAACCCAAAGUUGUUAAAUUAGGCGGCAACCAUGGGCAAGGUACUCUGUUUUACUAAAAUUUGAACGUAGCCCAUACAAUGAGAUAUGUUAUAGUAAUAAGUCAGAUUAAUUCUAUACAGUGAGAUAUGGUAUAGUAAUAGUCAGAUUAAUUCUAAACAAUGAGAUGUGGUAUAGUAAUAAGUCAGAUUAAUUCUAAACAAUGAGAUGUGGUAUAGUAAUAAGUCAGAUUAAUUCUAAACAAUGAGAUGUGGUAUAGUAAUAAGUCAGAUUAAUUCUAAACAAUGAGAUGUGGUAUAGUAAGUCAGAUUAAUUCUAAACAAUGAGAUGUGGUAUAGUAAUAAGUCAGAUUAAUUCUAAACAAUGAGAUGUGGUAUAGUAAUAAGUCAGAUUAAUUCUAUACAGUGAGAUAUGGUAUAGUAAUAAGUCAGAUUAAUUCUAAACAAUGAGAUGUGGUAUAGUAAUAAUUCAGAUUAAUUCUAUACAGUGAGAUAUGGUAGAAUAAUAACUUAGGUUAACAGACCUGUUUACUUGUACAAUUUUGACGUGCAAUGUAUGAUUUUGAGAUGUCUUUUACGAUUGUUUGCCAAGACCCGCCAGAGCUACGAUUUUAAGAGAACUGGUUGAAAAUAUUCACUUUCCGAUAGUUUUUCAGAUUUUAAAAAUAAUAAUAAUUCAUAAGUUAACUUUCGGAUUAUAAUUUGCAAUUGCAUUCAAUUGCAGGGAAUGGAUCGGGAAAUACGAUUGGUUGGGGACCAUAUAUAAUUACAUUAUGUGUGACCGGGGGGGGGGGGGGGGGGGGUGUCCCCUCUGUAGAAAGUACAUACUUUAUUCAAAAACUCAAAAAUGUUGUUCCAGAAACACUGAAAUUCCAAAAAUAGAAUUCUAUAAAUCUAGAAUGCUGUAAAAAUAUCACGCAAUGUUUUGUAUGAAUUAUCGUCAUAAUGUUGCCAUGUAUUUUCACAAAUGAGUGUGUUAGAUAUAGUCAGAUAGUACUAAGUAGUAGAGGUAUUACAGUAAUAUUUAAUCCACCGUCUGUUCAACGUGCAUGUGACGUAUAUUUUGUUGGGCUAUACGAGUGGCUCUGAGAUUUUUGUUCCGGGCACCUAUGCCAAAUUUAGGUUUUCACCAGGCUCUCUGUGUUAAAUUCUUACAAGUACACUUCGAAACAGCGAAUUCAUAAACAAAAUAAAAUUAAGGCUUGGGUAAAAAUAAAUAUAACAUGUAUGUAGGUCACUAAGCUCCAUCUACUAAAUGACAACAGGAGUUACUUAAGUAGGUUACUGUUUGCAUCACUAACGAAAGAUGUCACAAUUGAUUAAAAAUGGAAAUAAAAUUAUGAAAUUUUUGUAUUAUUUUGCAACGCCCCUGUGAGGCAGCCGCUGCGACCCUUAUAGAAAAAUAUGCAACCACCACCCCAUUAGGAUCAUUAAAAAUACUAUUUUUAGCGCUCCUUGUUUUUGUGAAGUAAAUGUGAUUUUAUCGUUUAAUUCACUAUUAAUAUUAAGGUUUUUUCUUAAAAACAAUUUUAGCGCCUGUUGCUCUUUGCCCCAUUGUCAUGGUCCCGCACAAGGGCAACGAGCCCUCAGGGCGAUGUGGCUUUUAUUCUGGGAAUCACUGGUCGCGCCAACCAGCUAGCAGUGAAAAACCAUGUCACAUUUUGUUUAGUAAUGUACCAUCAUAAUAAUAUAAAGAUUAUUGGGGGAGGGAUCGAAAGCCCGUUGUACGUACUCGAAAAGGGGAGGGGGGUCGUAAAAAAAAUGCGCAUGCAACAGGGCAAGGGGGUACAAAAUUUGACUUUUUGCGUAAGUACUAUCUAGAUGGCCCCCUCUUCAAGUUUUUAUUCUUGGGUGCUGUAUGAUGUAAUGGUAUGACAUAAUUGUUUCUCACCGCUGAACCGCAGCGAUAAAACUAGAGAAUGCAUUCUCAACUGGUACCCGCAGCAAUAUUAGAUCAAUGCACUGUGUGUUGUUUCAAUAUCAUGGUUUUUCUUUGCUAUUUCUCGGUUAAACUUUUUAAGACCUAUUUUUUAAUUAGACUUAUACAUAGAAGAGGGGUGCUUCAUUGUUUUUGAGCGAAACGAAGGUUUAUCUGUUGUGAUUUGAAGUAUUAUGUUAUUAAUAUUCUUCGCUGUUUUUUUUUUUUUUUAAAUUAAUACUGUUGCUAUGGCUACCCCAGGCCCUUGUAGGGUGACUAAGUUUCCUUGACGAUUAACAGCUCAACAAGCUUUGAAUAUGUUUCAUACUAUUUCUAUUGAUAGAUAAGAUGAUUUCGAUUUAGAUCCAUCACACGUUUCCAUAGUAGUAGUUUCAGAUGAUUUGAGUUAUAGCAGUGAUGAUGAUGUAUGUCUACUUCAAAGGGUUUGGGGGGAAAAAAAGGUUUUUGCAAUGUCAUGUUUUAACAUUUUAAGUUUCAUUUCCGUUACUUAUUUUAUUUAAACUGAAGAAAUAAGUUUACACAUAUAGUCCUUUCAAUUAUUUUUAAUUUGAUGCCAAAUUCAGCCUUAUAAACCAAACAAUAUGUUAAAUAUUUUUUAAUAAACCCAAUAUCUAACUCUUUUUUGCUCUUUAAAAAAAUUUACAUUUUUCCACAGUGAAAGAGUUGAUUCUAAUGAGAUUUAUGAGAAUAAUAAGUGGGAUUAAUUUUUUUUCUUACCGCUACUUCAGUUUUAAUAUUGAGAAAGUUUUUGGGUUUUAAAAAAAGCUAUAUUUGCAAUUUCAUGUGUAUUUCCAAAAAAGAACCACAGAUAAUGAAGAUGAUAGAGCUUAAUGUCCUAAUAAGAGUUAUGCUUAAUGUUAUAUAAUGUCCUUACAAGAGUUAUGAUCGCUUUAAAAGAGCUAUCAAAUGGAAUAAAAUUAAUUUCUGGCUUGAACAAUAUAUUUCAUUGAACAUUAAAUAAUAAAUAAAAUACCUUUCAGAUUGUUAAAAGAGUUUUACUCGGCUGAAUGUGAAAAUGAUGCAAGAUUCCCUGGCAUCCGUGUUGUCAAACCAAUACCACUGUCAUCACUCUUGCCAUCAGUCAUGUUGUGGAGUGGAACUGUCAUUGCAGUUCACAUGUUCCAACAAAGUCGUCAAGUGUACUGGACCUUUGGGGUUGGUGCCGCAACGCUCGGCUUGUUGUGGAUGUGCAUAAGACAUUAAUGUGGGCCUAUCAGUUAGACUGCUGCUAGAUCCAUCAACUUUGGUUAUUUUAAAAAAUGCAUUGUUCUUUUCAUCUAUUUGACACCAAACAAUUUACAAUUUUUUACCCUGUGAAUUCCCCAGACAAAAAAAUAAUUGUUUUUUAAACUCUGCUUUUAGUUUUAAUAGAUUUGGAAAAAGAAAUCAAUUUUGUGGCAUAACUAGUUGAAAUAAUUUAAAUUGUAUUCUGACAUAACUAGUUGAAAUAAUGUGAAAUGUAUUCUGACAUAACAUGUCAUUCAAGAAAACAAUCCCAGAUGUGAGUGAAUAGUUAUGUUUUUAAGUUUUUGUCAACCAUAUAAACAACUUUUUACAAUUUUUAUUAGCCAUGUUUUUGUACAUAACCUUGACCUUGUCAUAUGGCAACCUUCAUGAGCAUAUUCUGGUACUAAGCUUGUCAUUCAUUGACUAAUUCAUCUUGAAAAUAUUCUUGGGGUACUGGCAUGCCACAAAAAACAUCCCAUGUACAUGUUUCAGCAUUCUGGAGAAAGGGUUAACCCUAAAACUGUCAAGUGCAUUUUUCUGUAUUGUCAAGCCAUUUUUAGCCUUUUCAUAUGCUUGUCAAAAAAUUUUUAAAUCUCCUAUUAAAUGAAUUCAGAGACCCUUAUAAUAUACAUUUUUCUGAAAUUACAUGGGGCAAGGUAUCUUAUGGUUGAAAAGAAUUUGGUUUUUAUAUUAUAUUUGUUGAUUUUGACCCUUAACCUUACAGAGUGAGUAACAUUCUACCACUCAAUUUUUUAAUUUAACCCAAUCUAAUGCUCCAUAAUUCAAAAUAACAUAAAAUCAAGUUUUUGAGAUACUAGGAGCAAUAUUCUUUGUCAAGUUAAAGGUACUUUGAUUGAAAAUUGUAAUAUUGGUGAAUUUUUUGCAUUACUAUCUUCAAUUUCUGUGAUACAAAAUACUGGGGGGUAGGCAUUAAAUGAGUUCAAAAAUUCCUAUUCAGUUGAAGUUAUUAAAUCCAUUUUUUAUUUAUUAAUACACAGAACAUAUAAUAUGUCUUUAAAUCUCUAGAGUUAGUCUUUGGGAUCCAAUCUUUGUCUAUUCUGUUCCAUUUCCACCUUUUUCCAAACGAAUUUGUCUGUAACAAUAUGACUAAGCUUAGGGCUAAAAUUGUUAAUAUCUGUCGACCACCGCUAGAGCUAAUACUGGCAUUACUAGUCGGAGGAAAUGUCUGAAAUCAUUGCUUUCAUUUUAAUCUAUUUUAAAUAAUUCCAUUAAAGAAAAUCUUUGUUGAUUUUGCAUUCUAGAGGGGGAACCUCUGCAGCAUCUGAGAAAAUUUAGCAAAUUUCACAUCCCAUUUAUCACAAGGAAAGCAUGUUUAACACAGAUAGAAACGUACAUAAGAAGCAAACUCAUUUAUAUAGAGGGAUUUCCCCCAUAACCAAAUAUACAUUAAAUUAAUAGUUCUCAUUUUUAUUGAAGUUUGAAAUUUUGCUAGCAGCAGAUUAUAUUGGCUUUGAACUUUGACACCACAGAAAGGGGUUUGAGGGCAGAUGAUUUGACCACUAUGAUAGUUAUAGGGUUAAACUUCAGUCUACACUCUUCAGUGUCUUUUUCCAUUGUCUCACAGGUGCCUGUCUGACCCAUGUUAACUGACAACCUAAAUAUGCAACUGUUAAACUCUACUGCUUCUUAGCCAUAAUCUUUCAUUUAUAUGUUUGUUUUUAUCUCUAGCCCACAGGUGUUGAAUGUUCAGAUUAUAAUCAUUUCCUCAUGAGUAUGAAAGUUAGGUUAAAGAACUUAAAUUUUGAAAUAAGAGUAAUUACAUCAAGAGGAUGUUAGCCUAGAGUAGGUAAAAGUUUAUUGAAGAAUUACCCUUUUUUUUAUAUCAAUAUUUUAAUACCAAUUUAUGUCCUGUCUGUCCUUUUAGUCAGCUGCAUUAAAAAAUCAGCUCUGUCAAUGACAUAGACAGUCUUAUUCAUGAAAUCAAACACAAUUCUCACUGGGUUUUUUUUUUGGCUAAUCAUUUUAUCUCAACAAAUGUUUGUGUGGUUUUUGUCGAAUUUACUUUAGUAAGUGUUAAAUAUGUAAUUUUUAUGAUGGCAGCAAAAGGAUAGAAUAUACUUAAAACCUUUAAAAAAUGUCUUAUUUUAUCAUCUGUACUGAUGUGUUUAGUUCUUGUCACCAAAGUCACAGACAAUAAAAGAUAAAAACUAAAUCAAGUAGAUACGAUAGAAAAGAUUGAAACAAUUUCCUUCAUUAAUGCGUAAAAUAUAUUUUUUGCAAAGUGUUAUAUUUUUUAUUUGACAUCAUUUUAUUACAAGUACAUCGAAUCGAUUGCUAACUGUAUUGGAUUUCUGUUGAAUCUUAUAAUUAUGCCGAUGGUUUUCUUCAAUUAAAAAAUUUCCUUUUGACAAAGAUUCCACUUUGGAGGGGAAACGAUCACCAUUGUUGACAAGUGCACAAUUGAAGAAAAAAAAUGAAAAUUUCUGACAUCCUGAUAUCAAUCACAUCGGUGUUUAGUUUUUCUAUUCUCCAAUUUUUUCAACUGGUUUGCAAUAUGCUGUAUCUGCUUGACAUUGCCUUCAAUGAUUGUGUCCAGGUUGAGCCACAUGCCACCCGUAGCCAGCACCAAAUGGCUGUAAGCAUCCUUAGUCAAAGAAAAAAAUACAAAAUCCAAUAGGCACAAGAAAGUAUUGUGAUCUUAUUUCCUUUGACAUGUUUCCAAAGGAGAAGGUUGUAAAAAUAUGAAUCAAUUUAUUUAGUGAUUGAACUUAAGAAUUUUUCAAAUUAUUUAUUUAUGGAAAUGUUACUAUAUCCUAAGCAUAAAUGUCACCAUUUAAACAAAAGUCUCACCAGAAACGAGACCAAGGGAGAUUACUGCCAUGUUUUAAUGUUGAUUGGUGAAGAGCAAUCAUUACUUUAAGCUGAUUUUUUAAUUUUAUUGUUCUGAUCAUUAGUGGUCAUGUACUUUAUGGUAAAUUGACUUUUAAGAAUUCACACAACAAAGGCAUUGAGAAAUAAUGUUAUGCAACACAUAAGGCAACCAAUUAUGAAUGCAAAUCAAUUUGUUUCAUAUAAAUAUACUGUUCAAUAGAUUUGAUUUUUUUUAAAAUUCUAAACCAUUCUAUGGUAAGGGUGGAGUUGUUCCCCUUUGGCUGGGGGUUUCAAAUAAAAAUUCCUUGCACCCAGAAUUGAAUGGGUCAAAACAAAUAGAAAUGGAAGGUUUGUAUUUUUGUAAUAGAAUUGUGCAACCAGAAGUUGUUAUUGUUACUAUAAAAAAUGGACAGUGUUAACAAGGUUUAUGUGUAGUGUGU